AUCAAUGACACACCUCCAGUUGCGCACAAUUUGAUUGGUUGAUUUUGGAGGCUUGGCUCACGUGUUUGUAAACUAGACGAAAUACACUAGUUUUCGCGUUUAAUUUGUCGGAAUUUACCAGGAUCACCCAUAAUAGCCCUAAUAGUCUACACAGAUGAGCCUCCGCGUGGCGCUGAGAUCUUUGGGUCAGAGGGCAUGCAGCUUGUGCGUUAGUCAUGUGACAUCACAAGGUGGAGUGGCGUCACGGACGCCUGCAACCGCAUGUGUGCUCGUGCGGCAAUUCCACGAGGACUUCCUUCACAGGAAAAAGAACAUGGACAAACCAACAGUUUUGAUAACAGGAAGCCUUGGUCAACUUGGACAAGGGCUGGCGAAACUUUUAAGAGGAAAGUAUGGGCAGUACAAUGUGAUCAUGUCGGACAUCAUCAAGGCCCCGGACCACAUUCUAGAAACAGGCCCGUACGUCUACGCGGACAUCCUUGACUUCAAGAAUCUCCAGGAGAUCGUGGUCAACUACCGAGUGGACUGGGUCGUCCACUUCAGUGCCCUGCUUAGCGCAAUCGGGGAGCAGAAUGUCCCUCUCGCCAUGCGUGUCAACGUCGAGGGGCUGCACAACAUCCUUGAGCUAUCCAACCAGUACGGCAUCAAGCUGUUUGUGCCCAGUACCAUAGGCGCGUUUGGUCCCGAUUCCCCCCGGAACCCGACUCCGGACCUGACCAUCCAGCGACCACGGACCAUCUACGGGGUCUCAAAGGUGCACGCAGAACUGCUGGGAGAGUACUACCACGAGCGGUUCGGACUAGACUUCCGGAGUCUGCGAUUCCCCGGUAUCAUCUCCUCCGACACCAAUCCGGGCGGCGGAACCACCGACUAUGCAGUGGCGAUAUUUCACGAGGCCCUAAAGCACGGCCACUACCAGUGUUACCUGGAGCCGGACACCAUGCUGCCCAUGAUGUACAUUGAGGACUGUCUCCGCUCCAUCUCUGAAUUCAUGGAGCUGCCCAACGAUCAGUUGAAAAUGCGGACGUACAACAUCCAGGCGAUGAGCUUCACCCCGCGGAUCCUGGAGGACAUUGUGAAGCGAUACAUCCCGCAUUUUACCAUGACAUACAAGCCGGAUGGCAGGCAGGCCAUAGCUGACACGUGGCCGAUGGUGUUCGACGACUCUAACGCUCGUCGUGACUGGAACUGGCGUCACCAGUAUGACACCGAGCGCCUGUGUCAGGUCAUGUUCGAGGCGCUCGUGCCCAAGUACCGCGGGAGUGAAGCGCUACAGCACUCCUCUAACUGAGGGCUAGCGGGACGGACAGUUGGUUUGGGUUCUUAUGAAAAAGCUGGUUGUUUUGAAUGCGCACGGUGCUAAUUUGUUACGAUUCAUAUCUAUGGAUCAUGUUACCCUAUUAAGGACAAUGUCAUCAAUUAGGUUUCUUGCGAACCAACAUAUGUUCUCAUAUUUACAGACUUUUCUGUGCUAUUAAGUCAUGAACUCAAGUUAAUUUAGCACUUGAAUAUUUUCAAGACAGCGCAAAUUGCAGGCACAUGUUAUAUAAUGAGUGUUUAUAAUCGUUGUGGAGUCGAAAAGCAGGUGUCCAAUUUUAAUCUUUAAUCAGAGGACAAUCUUUUGUUUUCAAAAUCAAAAUCCGUUCUCUUUGUAAGGAUUUGUAGGGAUAAUGAAGUUUAGAUAAAUGGUAUUAACAGGGUAUACAUAUACAAUAAAAAGCUUACAUUGUUGUUUUUGAGAUUUUGAAGCUUAGAAAACUGAUAAUACAUGGGUAUGCCCUUUUCUCUAGUUUGCUAUCUACUAACGUAUUGUAUAUUUAAUUCUAAUAUCUCAUCUUUGUAAUAAGGGGAUAUAAUUAAAGCAUAUAAUCCAUAAUAUCUGUAUCAGUUUUUAAUAGGUACAAUACAUUUGUCUUGUUGUUGUUUUACAAUUGUUAUUAGAAAAUGCUCAAAUGUCGAAUCUCGCUUUUCGAAUCUCUGCUAUAAUUAUUUUCUUGUUGUUGUUUUUGUUUUUAAAGAUUUUAUGAUUUCGUAUGGUUAUGAGGUUGAACAUUGCAUACAUUUGAUUGUAUUUAUGGGGUAUGUAUAUAGUAUUGAUAGUUUUAAGUACAACGAUUGUUUUAUCUUUACAAAUAGAUUAUAUAUAUACACAAACAUAUUUUUUUAUUUUCUUGAUACUUAUUUGAAUUGUUCCGUAUAUUGCAUAUGUGCAGGUGGAACGGACCCUUUAUGAGAAGUGAAUCUCAAAUCUUUUAUGAUGCAAAUCUAUUUAUGACACAUCUCGGUGUGAUGUCAGUAUCAAGUUACUUCUUGUCUCAUUGAAAAUGUUGCUUCUAACUUCAUAUGAUUAACACUGAUAAUAUAAACGAAAAUAAAGAAUCUUAAACAACA